GUCGCGAGCUGCUCCCCCCCUGCCCCGGGGCCUGGCGACGCCAGUUGCUCCCCCCUGCCCGGGGGCCUGGCGACGCCAUUGGCGGCGCCGGCGCGCAGACGCGGGGUUCGAGAGCAGUCGGCCGCCGGCCCGCGCGGAGCGCGGUUGUGGUAGUAGCGAUCGGUGUUUGGCGCUCUAGGGACUUUAACGCAAUGCGGCUUUGGUUGUGAAUAAAGAGCUCACGUUAUAACAUCCUGGCGACGAGGAUCAGAUCAAGGUGAAGCCUUGGAGCUGUGAUUGCGAGUGAUGGCGAAACGGGCCAGUGAUCAGUGCGCGGUGGUCAGCGAGGGCGGACAGGCCACGGACGAUCUCAAGCACCGACGACUACCGCCGCCUGAGGAGCGGACAUCAGCUGGUGGAGGUGGGAGGAACCCGAUCGGUGCCCGCCUCAGCGUGAACACAGGUUCGGAUGACGUCAUCUGCCUGCCACCGAUGACGUCACCUGCCUGCCAUCAAUGACGUCACCGCACGUCUAGUGUCAUCGUGUCAUCAUGCGGCGCCUGUCAGCGCGGCGCGGCCUGCUCUACGCCGGCCUGGCAGUAUGCGCCAUGCUCUUCUUUAUCAACUUCCUCAGCUUCCAGCAGCGCGACCAGCCACCGUGGGCCGUCAGCCUGACGGGUGCCAGCGCGGUGGCCCCGCGAAGUCGCUCCCUCAGCGGCUCCAGAAACGGCACAGGACCUCCGGUGCCAAGACCAGUAGCUUCAGCGGGGUCUGCCGCGGCGGCACCAAAGGCAGAGCCCCUUCGAGAGCCCGGCUCUAAUGUCGUCUCGGCUGACGACGGGACAUUGCUGGUGCCAGAGGACCGGCACUGGUUCUUCAGCGGCGGUCGCCGCAAGCCGGGUCCGGGCUCAUUACCUCGCGAGCUCGCUCUCUGGCCGGAGGAGGACGGUGGUGACCGGAUCGUCAACCAGCUGCUGUACCGGCCUCCACCGGCCGACUCGUCCUCCUGGCCGCCCAGGAAGCUGAAGAAGAUCCUGCUGUACGACGGGUUCGGUGCGCGCCUGAAGACGGGACAGGAGGAGUUCGUGCGGAACGGAUGUCCGGUGAACACGUGCGAGCUGACCACAUCGCGCAGUCAGAUCGACACUGCCGACGCCGUGCUGUUCAAGGACCGGUUCCACGGGCCGCACGGCCAGCGCCGGCCCGGCCAGGCCUGGAUCAUGUACCUCCUCGAGUGUCCCAUGCACACAGUGAGCUUCAAGCAUGUGCAACCACUUUUCAACUGGACGGCUACGUACCGACAUGAUAGCGACAUCGUGGCUCCCUACGAGAAGUGGGUGUACUACGACGACAGCGUUCACUUUCGUAAACAGGAGAUCAACUAUGCAGCCAAGAAGACCAAGAAGGUGGCGUGGUUUGUAUCUAACUGUGGCGCCAUCAAUAAGCGCCUUCAAUACGCCAAGGAGCUGGCGAAGUACAUCGAGGUAGAUAUCUAUGGUAGCUGCGGAACCAAGAAAUGUCCGCGCAGCAUGGGCAAGAAGUGCUUCGAGAAGCUCAGCAAUGAAUAUAAGUUCUACCUGGCCUUCGAGAACUCCAACUGUCGCGACUACAUCACCGAGAAGUUCUUCGUCAAUGGACUGCAGCACAACGUGCUGCCGAUCGUGAUGGGCGCUCACCCCGACGACUACAAGAGGGCCGCUCCGGAGCACUCCUACAUCCACGUGGACGACUUCAAGUCACCCCAGGAGCUGGCCGACUUCCUGCACGCGCUCGACCGCGACGACCACCUGUACAACUCGUACUUCCAGUGGAAGGGCACCGGGGAGUUCAUCAACACCUACUUCUUCUGCCGGCUGUGCGCGAUGCUGCACGACGAGGGCCACCAGAAGACCAUUCCGGAUCUGAACGAGUGGUGGCGCGGCGCCGGCACCUGUGUCACCGGCAAGUGGCCGCGCUACACGCCCGAGAGGACUUGAGGUAGUGACGCCCGUGACGGUGUCACGCACUCGGGACGUGACGAGCACGUGCUGGCACAAAGCGUCGCUUAGUAGGACGGAUACGCGGGCCAGUUGGGGUGCUGUUCUGGCCGUUAGGGGAGGUAGUGUGAAUGUGAAUGUGUGCAGUGGGCACCCUACACGCGGCGUGCUGUGGUUCUAUUAUUCUCACCAUGUGAGGGCACAAAUUGGGUGAUGUUAUGUGCCGAAUGUCUAUGUGAGCGUGUGGGCCGCGACGUUGGUGCUUAGGACGGUAUAACGCACAAGCACCUGAGGUGCAGUCGCCAGGUUUGCUCCAAGAGAGCGGAACGCUGCGGUGGCUGCACUGGGCCAGUGCAGGGCGCAGGGCAAGGCGGGUGAUAGGUAACCGAACCAAGGUGUGAGCAGCUAGACUACGGCAUCGGCGGGCAGCUUAACUAUGCUGUGUGUGGACAACUAGCUAGCAUGUGUGGGUAGCUAGCUAGACUUUAUCUGAAACCGGACACUGGCUUCCGGCAUUUACGUCCCGACAAUUGCACUCCGUUUUUACUCAUACCUAAUCGUUUCAGGUACGAUUGGGCUGGUUUCUGGGUGGCUUUUAGUCCGUUUUGUCUUGUUUGUUUCUAGGUCUUCUCAGGCUUGUUCCUGGCCAGUUGAGUGGUCGUCAUAUGACCCGGGGCGUUUGAGCUAUUUUGGGCUGCUGUUUGAGCGUGUGAUACGUGUGAGGUCAUUAUGUGAUCUCGGGUCUCAUAACGAAACAUUCCUUCUGGGCGGUGCGGAGCAGCAGGCGCCGGGCCGCCGUUGUGAUGAUUUGGUGACGGUCAGAGUGACAGUCAGGGUCGUGACAGGACGGUUGGGACCGUGACGUGCCGGUCGUCACGGCCAGAUACGACCGAAGACGGACCCACCGGCGGCGGUCCGCCACGCUACGAAACUGUCACAAACCGCGCUUUGCCAGUCCCGCGCGCACUGUUGUUGAGUAAGAUAGCCUGUCAAGCGAGUUACCGGUCUGACCUGCACCUCCACCGUCCCAGCUGGUGUUACUGGCGAUGGGGUGCAAGGCAAGUCUGUCCACCGGUUUCGCCACAAGCUGGAAUGCAAUGCUUGUUGCAUUGCAAUACCAAAGACUGACGAUUGUUUGGCCAUUUUACUGUUAUUUAUCCUUGUGAGCGUGUGGCCUGCAUGCCAACAAUAUUAUAUUGCAAUUUAUUUGACUGUGACUGGCGUCUAUUUAUCCCAAUCUUUUUAGAUAAAUACAUGAAAAAAAAUGUGA